AUGAAGAAAGUUACUUGCGUUGUGGUCGGCGACGCCGGUGUUGGCAAAUCCACCAUCAUCACACAGCUAACCCAGUCGGUAUUUGAAGAAGACUACAAACCGACUGUAGAAGAUGAAGCCACUUUCCCAUUGCUGGUUGGUGAUCACGACGUUGAGUUGACCAUAUACGACACCUCAGGGAACGUGGAGUUUGCUCGCAUGAGAGAAGAUAAAUAUAAAUUAGGGGAAGGAUUUCUAGCGGUGUACAGUAUCACAAGUGACGAGUCUUUCAAGGAAUUGAAAACAAUUUUAGACAAACUGAAGGCGCUGAAAGAAAACACUGUUCCUAUCGUGCUGGUCGGCUGCAAGUUGGACUCGGAUGAGCAGCGUCAGGUCACAACGGAGCAGGGAGCAGAGAUGGCCAAACUGUUGAACUGUCCUUUCGCGGAGAUCAACGCCAAAGAGCGAGAUCAUGUGGUGGAUGUGUUUACCCGGCUGGUCCGCGAGAUUGAAAGAAUUUCCAGCCAACACAAAGUCGAAACUACCCCAGCUGCAGCAGCAAAGGGGAAACCAAAAAAGAAGAAAUGUUGUACGGUUCUUUGA